AUGCGGUCAUGUUUUGUGCAGGUCACCUUGAAUCGAAUAUUUCUCAAAGCAAAUACGGUGACCCACCGUAGGCCAAUAAGCGUAAGCAGUGGAUACCAACGGCUUAGCACUUCGAAUCUGCAGAGACUAAUGCAUUUUGCGGUUCAGUCCUCGCACUACUACGCUGACACAGUUCGAAUAAGAGUCGUAAGCAGUGGAUACCAACGGCUUAGCACUUCGAAUCUGCAGAGACUAAUGCAUUUUGCGGUUCAGUCCUCGCACUACUACGCUGACACAGUUCGAAUAAGAGUCCGUGGUUCGAACCCGUCCUGCGUCUCUGGACCAUCCCUGUCUAGGCUUGGACAAACUAGCACUAUUCCAGCCCUCGUGCUUCCUUCGGGUGGCAACGCACUUAGGCAUCGAAAGGGUGCUACAAAUGAAAGAUUUAGUUUUUUGUGUUUGGGUACGGAACUUGUAUUGUACCAGGCUGAAAUGAAAUGGAAAGCUCGAUAG